GGGAAUCCCCCCAUUCGGAAAGAGUGGGAAACAAAAGGCCUGGAGGGUAAAAUCCUUAAUCCAGGAAAGAGAUAUACAAAAAAGAGUUAUUGCAGUUGUUAUUCUCUAAUGGUUGCUGAUGCUCCUGCUCCACUACCUUUAAAGAGAAGAAGAAGGCUCACGAACAUUGAUCCCAUGGAGUUUGAAGCGGCUAAGGCCAAGUUUGCAGCUAUGAAAGAAAAAGUUGGACGAGAAAUCCGUGUAUUUCAAACAUCAGCACUUUCUCCAUCCUCAAAUGAAAUGUCCAACAGUGAGGAGACAGAUGACUUCUAUGAGUUUACUGCUGAGGAUUAUUAUCGCAUUUUAGCAACCAAAAAGGAAGAUAAAUCCUUGAAGACACGAAAAAUCCGAGACUCAGAAGCGGCAGCUCGCAGGUCAAAAAUAACAAAGGCUAUCAUUAGGGUUCGCUUUCCUGAUCUUCACACAUUAGAGGUCACAUUUCAUCCAUCAGAAACAAUUCAGAGCUUGAUUGAUCUUAUCACGAAAGUGAUUGCUCGACCAGAAUUACCAUUCUUCUUAUAUACUACUCCUCCUAAGAAUCAGAUAAAAGACAUGGCACAAGAUUUUUAUAGUGCUGGCUUUGUUCCUGGAGCUAUUGUGUAUUUUUCAUAUGAUCCACCGGCAGGUGUUGAUUCUACAGUUUCCUAUUUAGGUCCCUUCCUUCAGGAAGAAAUAAUGUCUUUGAAAGAUUUGGAAUUCAAUACUGAGCAGAGGCAACAGGCAGAAGCUGCCCAGUCUUCACCAGAAUCCAAACCAGCUGCCGCCCCUGUCGUCCAAGACCACAAACCUUCUCAGAAAAAACCUGUUAAGCCCAAAUGGCUAAAAAUGUGAUAUCGCCAAAGGCAAGCGUUAAACGAGUAAACUCAGUAUUCAUGACAUGUAUAUCGCAGUCGCUCCCUUAUAUUUUUUCUAAGGUUGUUCAUACUCUACAAUGUUGUGCUGAGUGUUGAUAACUAUAUACAAUAUCUGAGUCCAUCAGAAGGUAGCAACUCUGGCUCUUAUCAUCUCUGUCUCAUCUUUGAAAUGGCUUUACAUAUUGUUUGGAAAUUUAUUAUCAACUAAUGGAGGCAGAAUAGUUGUGUAAA